AUGGUCAAACGGCCCAAGACAGGACAACAAAUCUGUCGAGAUUGUUUCUUCUACGUUUUCGAAACUGAGGUUCACCAGACGAUAACCGAGGCGAAACUUUUCAAACCUGGGGAUAGGGUUGCAAUAGGUGCAUCUGGAGGCAAAGAUUCAACGGUCUUGGCAUAUGUUAUGAAAACUUUGAACGAGCGAUAUCAGUACGGUUUAGAGCUCUUUCUUCUUUCCAUAGACGAAGGAAUUACGGGAUAUCGCGACGAUUCCUUGGAGACUGUGAAACGCAACCAACAGCAAUAUGAUAUGCCCCUCAAGAUCCUCUCAUAUGACGAGUUGUACGGCUGGACCAUGGACGCGAUCGUCAGCCAAGUUGGCCGGAAGAAUAACUGUACUUUCUGCGGGGUGUUCCGCCGACAGGCUCUAGAUAGAGGGGCUGCAAUGCUGAACGUGGAUCAUAUCGUCACUGGCCACAAUGCAGAUGAUAUUGCGGAGACUGUACUCAUGAACAUCAUGCGCGGCGACAUCGCACGGCUGGGGCGCUGUACGUCGAUAUGCACCGAAGGUGAAGAUACAAUCAGGCGAUCAAAGCCUUUCAAAUACGCCUACGAGAAGGAGAUCGUGAUGUACGCAUACUUCAAAAAGCUUGAUUACUUUUCAACGGAAUGCAUCUAUUCACCGGAUGCCUAUCGUGGACAUGCACGCGCUUUCCUGAAGGACCUCGAAGCUGCACGACCCAGCGCUAUCAUCGAUAUAAUCCAUUCCGGGGAGGCUUUUGAAGUCAAAGAAGAAAUCAAGGCGACCCAGAAAGUCCAACAGACGUGUCAGAGGUGUGGUUACAUGUCCAGUAAUGCGUUGUGCAAAGCAUGUACCUUGCUCGAAGGCCUGGAACGUGGGAUGGCAAACGCCGGUAUCACGGAUCGAGGGCAAAAGCAGUUGCUCCAAGCUCAAGCCGAAGGGCCUGCCCCAGAAACGCUUCGUAAAAUACCCUUCUUCGAAUUCAAACCAAGCAAUGAUUCCCCGGUGGUUAUCGAACCUACUCCGUGA